AAAGUGCUUCUAUACCAUCUGGGCUGACUGUGACCUUCGAAGGUGCUUUCAGAGACGGGAAUUGCCCGACGGCUGGUUACUAGGUGACUGUGGGUAUGCUUUAGAGCCAUGGCUGCUCACCCCUGUAAGGUCUCCAAUUGGCCCUGCCGAGGAGCAGUACAACUCGGCCCACACUCGGACGAGGCAAGUCAUUGAGAGGACCUUCAAGGUUCUAAAGGGACGCUUCAGGUGCCUGCACCAGUCCGGGGGUGCUCUACAGUACAAUCCGCUGAUGUGCACCAAAAUAGUGGUGGCAUGCACCAUGCUGCACAACAUGUGUGUCCGACAUGGCAUUGACUUCAGCUUUACUGAUGAUGACCCUUUCUUGGACCAGGGAGGGGAUGACCCUGAACUACCAUGCCUGCAAGAAGACACAGCAGCUGGAAUUGUUGUGCGACGCCAUGUUAUUCAGGCCAUCCAUUCAUUGGCUGAGCAGAUGGUAUGGCAGCUAAAGUUUUCUUCAAUGCCGCCAGAGAUUCCGGAAAUCGCUUCCGGGUCCAGCGCGUUCGCCACGCGGGUCUCAAAUUCGUCCAGAGGUGGCACGUCUUCUAGACCGCCACCAGCUGUCACCUGGCUGCGGCGAACUGCAGCAGCUGUUGAAGAGCAG